AGAGGAGGAGAGAGUGACAGACAGAGGGAGAGGGUGAAAGAGAGAGAGAGAGGUGAGCAGUUUGACAAUGGCCAGGUGGAGUAUCCAUUUGAGCUCGCGGGCCAGGGUGCUGGUGGACAGUGCCGGUGUGAGGGUUCGUCACAGCAGCAGUUUACCUGUGGCCAGGGACACAGCAUACCCCGAGUGCAGCACCUCGGUCAGGCCAUUCAAGGAGCUUCCCGGAACCUGGAAGAAUGGCAUGGUCACUGUGUACAACUUUUGGAAACUGGACGGCUUCAAGAAUAUCCACAACAUCAUGAUUCACAACUUCAACACUUUUGGGCCCAUAUACAGGGAGAAAAUUGGUUCCUAUGACAGUGUAAAUAUCAUCAAUCCAGAGGAUGCGGCCAUUUUGUUCAAAGCUGAAGGCCAUUAUCCAAAGCGCUUUCGAGUUGAGCCCUGGACAUCCUACAGAGACUACAGGCACCGCGAAUAUGGAGUCCUCCUGAAGGACGGAGAGGACUGGCGUUCCAACAGGGUGGUGUUGAAUAAGGAAGUGAUCGCCCCGAAGGUCCAGGGCAACUUUGUACCUCUUCUGGAUGAAGUGGGCCAGGACUUUGUGGCCCGUAUCUAUAAAAAGAUUGAAAGAAGUGGCCAGAACAAAUGGACCAUAGACCUCCAACAAGAACUCUUCAAAUACGCACUUGAAUCGGUGGGCUCGGUGUUGUACGGUGAGCGUUUCGGGCUGCUGCAGGACCACAUUGACCCCGAGGCCCAGCGCUUCAUUGACUCCAUCACGCUGAUGUUCAAGACCACCACGCCCAUGCUGUACAUCCCGCCGGGCCUGCUGCGCCGUCUGGGCUCCAGGGUCUGGAGAGAGCACGUGGAGGCCUGGGACACCAUCUUCAACCAGGCGGACCGCUGCAUCCAGAACAUAUACAGGGAGCUGAGGACAUCUAAGAAGGAGGACACUGUGGACCAGGGCAAAUACCCAGGAGUCCUGGCCAACCUUCUGAUGCUGGACAAGCUGUCCAUCGAGGACAUCAAGGCCAGCAUCACAGAGCUCAUGGCCGGAGGGGUGGACACGACGUCCACUACACUACUAUGGACGCUGUAUGAGUUGUCCAGGAACACUGACCUCCAGGAGGAGCUUAGGGCGGAGGUGCUGACCGCACGGCAGACCUCACAGGGAGACCUCCUACUCAUGCUCAAGAGUGUGCCCCUGCUCAAAGCAGCCAUCAAAGAGACACUCAGAUUACACCCAGUUGCAGUGAACCUGCAGAGAUACAUCACCGAGGAUAUAGUGAUGCAGAACUACCUGAUUCCAGCUGGGACUUUGGUCCAGUUGGGGCUAUACGCCAUGGGACGGAGCCACAGGAUCUUCCCUCAUCCGGAGAUGUACCGCCCGUCUCGAUGGCUGCGGACCGAGACACAGUAUUUCAGGAGCCUGGGAUUUGGGUUUGGCCCACGCCAGUGUCUGGGGCGACGCAUCGCUGAGACAGAGAUGCAGCUCUUCCUCAUCCACAUGCUGGAGAACUUCCGCAUUGAGAAACAGAACAAGGUGAAAGUGCAGAGUUCGUUUGAGCUCAUCUUGGUGCCUGAGCGGCCCAUUGUGCUGAAUAUCAGACCUCUGAACAGCACUCAAUAACUACACAACAUGCCAUAGCACAACAUACUGUAGCCACGUUGACAUGGAUAGUUUUGUUUGUCAUUCCGCUU